CUGGUCAGGUUUCUUGCUUGUUUUCUCCGACCAUCUUUGCACGGAGUAACUUCUAAUUUUCAGACAACUUAAUUUCUUGAUUGUAUAUGUGUAUGCUGAAGGUGGCGAACGGAAAGGACAACGUUAAUGACGAGAGGGACAUGAAUCAGUGGCUGUUUGAGCCAAGGGUGCAGUCGGAAGAUCAUGGAAAGAUGGGAUCAUCCAUGCUUUACGGAUUAAGCAGACAGGAGGAGAUGUCGGUUAUGGUGUCGGCUUUAAGUCACGUUGUGGCUGGGGAUGCCCCUGAAGCUGGAGAUUUUGUUGAUGGCAGUUUGGAGACAUUGAGAAUUGGUGGGCAGAAGAGAAGUAGGGAAGAGGUUGGCGGGAGUAGUAGUCAUGGUGGUGGAGGAAGGCUUCCUUCUGGUGGCGGCUCGUCAUCUGGUGGUGGACGAUUGUAUUUAGGUAACAGCACAAACACACCGACGCAAUUGGUUCCGAUCUACGAAUAUCACAACAGCAAUGAUGAAACUUACAGACCUGAAGAUCCGAGGAGAAGAUACAGGGGAGUGAGGCAGAGGCCGUGGGGGAAAUGGGCGGCGGAGAUUAGAGACCCUUUUAAAGCUGCUAGAGUGUGGCUAGGCACCUUUGACACUGCAGAGGCAGCAGCCAGAGCAUACGAUGAAGCCGCCCUCCGCUUCAGAGGGAGCAAGGCCAAACUCAACUUCCCUGAAAACGUUCGGAUCCGAUCACCACCUUCGGCCAAUAUUCCAGUGUCUACCCAGUUGACCGUUUCGGAUUCUGCCAAUACCCUUUUGUCCAUUCCGGUUUCCACCGAGCCAAUCGUUCACUCGCAGCCUCAUUCCCACCUCCAAAAGCCGGAUAUUUCAAGGGGAUAUUUUGACUAUUCUCAUAUGGUUUUGGGAGGAAGUGAAUUUGAGCAGACUGCUUUAUCAUCUUCGUUAAGUUUCCAUGCACAAUCAUCUUCUGUGUCACCGUCAUCCUCAUCUUCUUCAACAACAAUUACAUCAUACCCUCAUUUUUUUCCGAUUCAACCGUCUGGCCACCUCAGUUUGACCAGUAGCCAAGGCGGUGCGGCGGAUUUGCCGAGGCAUUCGUGGUCAGAUUCCAGUCAUCAUUCUUCAACAUCUGGAUAGAUAGAUAGAUAGAUUCAUUUUAAAUUAACAUUAUCAUUUUUUUCUCCAUGCAUUUCUCUUCUUUUUAUUGCUUUGUAUUAUUGGCUUGAGCGUAUACUAUAUUAACACUCCUUUCCUAUUAGUUUUGAUAAAUUCGUAUCCUUUUGUCAUCAUUAAAUAAAUGAAAUUAGUACUCCUUGAACGCGGUUCAACACCAGGGGAAGGAGAUGAUGAGUAGGAGUUUUACAGAAGU